CAGCGAACGUUUCCCAAGGCUACCGGUCAUUUCAACCGCGAGCCUCUUAUCAGUGUCUUAUACCGUCCGUACAGUCGCAUAUACAAUACAUCAUGCACCAUCAAACUAUCGGAUGCAACCGUACCCUUUCCUUAGCAAUCUUUAGCAAUCUACCGAUGGGUCCCAGAUCCGACAAUCAAGCAAAUUAAGGAUUACCAAAUUCACUUUGCCUAUCAGCGCGCUGGUUCAUGCAAUUACUUAUCAUAAUGAUCAUUACGUAUAAAUAAUCUGGGCGCUGACCUGGAAACGUAUCGCCAAUCAUCUGUCUUCCAGAGAUAUCAUGGCAGAAACCAAAAUGACGACGUAUAACGAGAAGGAUUUACCUUCACAUACUCCUAUGAAUUGGUCGCUAAAAGAAAUUAGAGAUGCCAUACCGUCUCAUCUCUUUGUUCGCCGAUUGCAUCUUAGCACUCUGUACCUCGCAAGGGAUCUCUUGCUCGCCAUUACUUUGGGACUUCUUGCUACGUUGAUCGACCCUUAUUUUGAAAAACUAGCGACUUUUCAUGUCUUAAACUCUUGGAGCGCAGAGAUGUUGCGCUUCAUCGUAUGGGUUACUUAUUGGUGGUAUCAGGGCCUUGUUUUAACGGGUCUCUGGGUCAUCGGUCAUGAGUGUGGCCACGGAGCCUUUUCUAGCUACAGGCUGUUGAACGACAUCCUUGGACUUCUCAUUCAUAGUUCGCUGUUCACACCCUACUUUAGUUGGAAAAUAUCGCACCAUCGUCAUCAUGUUAAUCACGCUUCCAUGGAAAAUGACGAGGUGUAUAUUCCAAAAACUCGUGGCGACCUCAGGAUACCCGACGAACGCCCCAAUGAAACAAUCAACUACGAGGAGAUAUUCUCGGAUACCCCGAUUUAUACCUUGUUCAUGUUGAUCCGUCAACAGUUAUUUGCGUUUCCCGCAUACCUCUCAUAUAACGUAUCCGGUCAGAAAUACUAUCCCAAAUGGACUAACCACUUCGACCCCUCUUCUGUCAUCUUCUUCUGCUCGCAGCGCAAUGCGGUGAUACUGUCUAAUAUAGGAAUGGUUCUAAUGGUCUUCAUCACAACGAGUAUCUGCGCCGAAUGCGGGAUCUGGAAUGUCUGGAGAUAUUACGGCAUUCCGUGGUUAGAAGUGAAUCACUGGUUUGUCAUGAUCACAUACCUUCACCACACCGACCCCAUUCUGCCCCAUUACCGGAAAAAUAAAUGGAACUAUCCUCGAGGCGCUGCUGCCACCGUCGAUAGAGAUUUCUUAGGAUGGCACGGACGCUUUUUCUUUCAUGAUGUAGCGCACUUUCACGUCAUUCACCAUUUCUUCCCGAAGAUACCAUUUUGUGGGCCUUCCUCCGUUACUGCUGCUAAUAUAUCUGAGAUAAUUCCAGAUAACGGCGAAGAAGCCACACAGUAUCUGAAGGCUUUCAUCGGUGAACAUUACAACUUCUCAGACAAACCUGUGUUCCGUACACUCUGGGAUAACUAUAACAACUGCCAGUUUGUGGAUAACAAUGGUAUGUUUUUACACCCAUAAGUCGACUCGCGUCACCCGUUUGGUUUGCUCACUAACUGUACCUUGAUCCUGAUAGGUGACAUCGUCUUCUACAGGAAUAAGCAAGGAAGAGCGGCGCGAAGAUCAGACUGAGUAGUAUUACGUGUAUUUCCUAACCCACUUAGUCCCAAAAAUCCAGCAUUAUGCAUGCUCAUCCAGACCAAAUGUUGUAAGAAUGAAGCAUUGAGCCUGUAAUAGAACACGUAUAUGUGUU